CGUAUCGCAAUCGCUGUCACUUGGCUCGCUCACUCCUCCCUUCCUGAUCAGUUGUAGGAUCGACAACAAUGGCCGAAGCCCCAAUCCGGUUCGGGAUCCUGGGCUGCGCGGACAUUGCCCUCAAGGUGUCUCGUGCGAUCACGCUCGCUCCCAAUGCCGCCUUGUUCGCCGUCGGCAGCCGCUCGGUGGAGAAGGCCGCGAAAUUCGCCGCCGACAACGCCUUCCCGCCGUCGGCGAAGGUCUACGGCAGCUACGAGAAGGUGCUGGAAGAUUCCGACGUCGACGCCGUCGACGUCUACGUUCCCCUGCCGACGAGCCUCCACCUCCGGUGGGCCGUCCUCGCCGCCGAGAAGAAAAAGCACCUCCUGCUCGAGAAGCCCGUGGCUCUGAGCGCCUUGGAGUUCGACCAGAUUGCCCUCGCCUGCGAAGCGAAUGGUGUCCAGUUCAUGGACAGCACCAUGUGGGUGCACCAUCCCAGGGCCGCUAAGAUGAAGGAAUUCGUCUCCGAUCCUCAGCAUUUUGGCCAACUCAAAUCGAUUCAGAGCUGCUUCACAUUUGCUGCUGACCCUGAUUUUCUCAAGAAUGACAUCCGCGUGAGGCCGGAUCUUGAUGCUCUUGGUGUUCUUGGUGAUGUUGGGUGGUAUUGCGCAAGUUUUAUCCUUUGGGCUGCAGAUUUUGAGUUGCCUAAAACGGUAAUAGCUUCGCGUGGCCCCGUUUUCAAUGAAGCAGGGGUGCUUCUGUCAUGCAGCGCCUCUUUACAUUGGGAAGAGGGUAAAGUGGCGACUUUCCAUUGCUCGUUCCUCUCCAAUUUGACCACGGAUGUAACAGCCAUUGGAACGAAGGGAACUCUGCAUCUGCGAGACUUCAAUAUUCCUUUCGAAGAGGACAAAGCCUCCUUCUCAGCGACCACUGAAUCUUUGUUCAACGAACAUGCUACGGGUUGGCAAUCUUUAGCACGCGAACACACUGUGAUGACAGAUCUCCCACAGGAAGCUCGCAUGGUGAGCGAGUUUUCGAGGCUGGCCAAGGGAAUAAAAGAGAGAGGACUGAAACCCGAUCCAAAGUGGCCUACCAUGAGCAGGAAGACGCAGCUGAUUCUGGAUGCUGUCAAGGCUUCUAUAGAGAAAGGAUUUGAAGCUGUUGAGAUUGUGAGUUGAUUCAAAGUUCCAACUUCCUGUGGAAGUGGGAUGCUGUUCCUGUUGUGAUAUUCUGAAUCUCCAUUUGUGGUUGCUGUUCCUGUUGUGAUAUUAUUAUUAUUAUUAUUAUUAUUAUUAUUAUUAUUAUUAUUAUUAUUAUGCUGGAGCUGGACAUCCAUGGUGUCUGUAUGCCAUGCUGUUUGUUUCACUGCAUUGCAUUC